AUGGUCUUUGUCACGCUCAAGUACAUUAUCAUUGGCGACUCGGAGGUGGGCAAGUCGUCGCUGUUGCUGCAGUUCACUGAGCAGCACUUCCAGUCCGUGCACGACCUGACCAUUGGCGUGGAGUUUGGCGCCAAGUUGCUCGAAGUGGACGGCCGCAAGGUGAAGCUCGAGAUCUGGGACACGGCGGGCCAAGAGACGUUCCUGUCGAUCACGCGGAGUUACUACCGCGGGGCCGACGGCGCGCUGCUCGUGUACGACGUGAGCCGACGCGCGAGUUUCGAGCACCUGAGUCGCUGGCUGCACGAGUGCCGGCAGAACUGCCACAACGACGAGGUGGAGAUUCUCGUCGUGGGCAUGAAGUGCGACGUGUCGGACGCGGCGCGCGAGGUGCCGGAAGAAGAGGGGCGCGCGUGGGCUGCUGCGCACGGCCUCGUCUUCAUCGAGGCGUCGGCCAAGACGGCGCUGAAUGUCGAGCAGGCAUUUGCACUGACGGCCACGACGAUAUUGCAGAACUAUGACUACUCGAGUCACAAGGUGCGCCGGACGUCGGGGGCCAGUGCCGCAGUGUCGGUUGAUGCUGCUACUGCUGCAGAGCAGCAAACGCCGGCAACGUCCGGGUGUUGCGGUGGGUAG